GUUUCUCAAGGGUUCGUACAGAACAAGAGAGCAGACCUGCUGAGUAAGAGGAGUGAAAUACCGCUACCUUACAUGCACCAAUGCACCAAGGUAUUGAUGGAAGGCUGCUGGUUACAUCAAGUCUUUUAAGUUGUAGUCAGACAAGGGGAGUGUUUAGUGAAGCUUCAGCCCGAAAAAGAAAAACUGAAAACCGAUAAUUUGGAGCUUAAAGCAUAAUGAUCCUAAAGGAUAAGUGCACACUAGCUUCGGUUAUAUUUUUCAUAUCGGUGAAGACUGUUUUGCCGGAAGACGAUUUCGCAUCAGAGUGGUUUUCUAAGGUGUCUGAUCCCAAAUUUCAGUGCUCCGCCUCCAGUUACGAAGACACUGAACCUAGUGAUGAUCCCAACGUUCAAGAGAUAUAUAAAAUUGCCAAGGAUUGCAAAGAAUUAGAUGCUCGAUGGGAUUAUAACUUUAAAAGUAAAUCCAAGGUCAAGAAAAAUGGAAUGUUCGAAGGAGUUGCGAGUAUUUCUAUGGCAGAGAAUGUCAAAAGAGAUUUGAGACCAGAGCACAACAACUACAAGUUCGGAUUUCGGUAUAACAAAUGCAUCAUCCCAUUUGACCAAAAUAUCAAGAAAAUCAGUGGAAGGUUCGUGAACGACAAGUUGGAGGGACAUGUACGAGUGGAUUUUCAUUCCGGAUCGUUUGCACUUGGCUAUGCUAAAGGAUCCAAGUUUGUGGGGACACUCCGAUGGUUCGGGGAAGAUCGCAAGCUCUUGAAGUUAGAGUAUGUAGGGAAACAACCCUCCAAGCAAAGUCAAGAGGAACCGUCAACAGUAUUGCUUUUGAUUCAAGACGAAUACAAAAUGAAACGCUUGUUAACGCAACAAUCUUCGUUGGUCGGAAGAACUUUACUCACCGACAAUUUCCAACCACUCAUCUCUUGCGAACAAGAAUCGGAGGAAAUCUUUCAUCAAUGUUAUGUCAUUGAAAAAGUUCGGUCAAAGAUCAACGAUUGCUCAAUCGAUUUGAAGCAAAUUAGCCAGCCCGAAAGCGAUGCCAAAAAGACAUUCUCAUGGAAUCUCAAAUCAGACCACAAGGUAUGGCAUGGUCAGAGCAAAUUCAAAGAAUGCUCCCCGGAAUGGGAAACAGAGGCCAUCACGGAUGGCAUAAGAAAAUGGAUAAAAUCAAUGGAAAACGAUAAGAGCGAUCCAUUUUGGGCUGAAACUUUUGAAAACAGAGAGCCUUGGAUUGAAAACUCUGAGGGACUACCGAGUACAAUCUCACUUCGGUUUCCUGAUCUUCAAGGGCGCAAUUUUGCCUCAGAUCCUCAUUAUGGCAUAAAAAUUACCACACAACAUGGCGACAGUCUCAAGAUCGUUAAGGAAAAUUGGACCGAAAAGGAUCGAAUGGAAUUUGUGGCACAAACAAAGAGCAACGACUGGCUACAGACCCUCGACAUUGAAGGAAGGCUGAUCAAUUUCAAUACGGACAACCCCUUGCUUCGACUCAAGGAACCCUCAAACAAGAACUUUUAUGUCCAGGGAAAGAUACGAAAUGGCCAACUGCAUGGAAAUGUACGCAGAUUUGGUCGCUACAUUACAGAUUCCCAAAGCUUAUGCUCGACGACGAUCUUCUCCGGAUUAUCCUUCGUGGGACGAUACGACAAUGGCCAAAUCACUGGGCCCAUGUGGCGCUUCGUGGUGGGUAAUGGAGCCAUCUAUGGCAUUGCCGAUGAGAAUGGACGGUUAACCGGGAAGCGUAUUGCCUUCAUCUAUCCUGACCUAGAGACGGUCUAUCUGGGCGAAUUUGACAAUGGUAUCAUGGUCAAAGGACAACAAUCUGCCAUCACUGGGUAUCGUUGCGUAAAUGGGAUUUUGGAACUGAAGUUUUCCGAACCGUCGGGGCCGUUUUUUCAUUUCAAAGCUCCAACCAACGAAACAUUUGGAGAUCAGCCGCUCCUUACCGAUAUUUUGGAUGACAAAUACAUCAUUGUCAAGGAAUCAAAGGUGGAGCAUGAAGUGGCCGAUGAAGGGGCUUUUGCGACCAGAGACAUUCCCAAGAGCACCACAAUAACUCUCUAUUCGGGGAUGUAUUUUACUAAGCAACAAAUUGAAUUGUAUAACAAUAGAACGGCUGCAGCUCGAGCCGCUAGGAAUGCCACGGCGGACGACAUGUGGUACGACUCCAAAUAUCAUGGGAGCAUGCCUGAAUGCCAAGGUGCAACAAUCACAAUUCCAGCGCAUUUGGGCUCAAUGGAUAGUUAUCGCGCAACUCUUGGUCACAAACUCAAUCACCAAUUCAAACCUAACUGCGCUUAUGGAGGAGUUCUCGACUCUCCUCGCUUUGGGUUCAUCCGAGCUUUUUUCACCCUGCGAGACAUCAAAAAAGGAGAGGAACUUUUUAUCAAUUAUGGCUACAGCACUGAAACGGGACCAAAAUGGUAUACGGAACUCUAUAAGAAAAUGCUUGAAUCUGGCGAAAUUGAGACAGAUGUUCCCAAACCAAAUCCCUUUGGAAUGCUAGAAAUAGAUGAAUAGACACACUCGUACCAAUAUUUCAUUGGAAGAUCUAUAUUGAUAAUGCGAUUGUGAAUACAAAAUAUCAAAUCAUUGAUAGGCAAUAAAGAAGCCAAAUUAACGUCUACAGAAUUACUCUACCACUGGCUAGGCCUUUUCAUUCUCCUCUCCCUCCUCUCGUUGCGGACAACCAAACGGAAAAAUACCAGAAUACGAUCUAAGAUGCCUGACUUUAACAAAAUAUUUUAGGCUGAACAACUUGUUA